GAAAAGUGUGUGUCUCUGUUAAGGUUGCAGAGAGAGGGAGAGAGAAACAGAAAGAGAGAGAGACAGGGGGAGCAAAAAUGAACCAAUCUCUAUGACCUUCGCCUUCUCAAAAUCCAAUCUUUAGGGUUUUGAUCCGUUGUUUUGCACCCUAUACAUAAGGUGACAAUAAUGCCAGCAAAACCUGCAAAUGGUGAUCAGCAGUUAGUUCGUGGUGCUCGAACUGUGUUGCAGUCAACUGCCUACUCUGAGCCCUGGUGGCGUGGAGUUGGGACUAAUGCUACCUUAGGUGAAGCUGCUUCAAAAUCAACUUCAGUUGAACAACCUCAUGGUGCAGUUGCAACUGGAGCUUCCCAUUUGCAAUCUAAUGCAGGUGGGAGACAUGGAAAAGAGCAUGAACAUAUAAAGCAUGUCUCAUCCUCAGCACCCCUUACUUUGGGUGAACACCUUGAACCAAAUUCCCAAAUGGAACUGGUUGGUCACUCAAUUGUUUUGACAACAUAUCCAUAUGCAGAUUCGCCGUAUAGUGGGAUAUUGACUUCUUAUGGAUCACAGACAAUGGUACCUCAACAGUUAUAUGGAAUGCAUCAUGCUAGAAUGCCUUUGCCUCUUCAAAUGGAAGAGGAGCCUGUUUAUGUAAAUGCAAAGCAGUAUCAUGGUAUUUUGAGACGAAGAGAGAUACGAGCAAAAGCUGUGCUUGACAAAAAAGCUGUGAAAGUUAGAAAGCCGUAUCUUCAUGAGUCCAGACAUUUACAUGCUAUGAAAAGGGCUAGGGGUUGUGGAGGCCGUUUUCUUAAUACAAAGAAACUUAAUAGUGAUGUUGCCAAUCCAACCUCAGAAAAAUGCAUGAAUGCAGAUGAAAACCUUUCUAGUGGUUCUGCCAACUUAUCUCUAUCUGAACGUUUAGGCACCAAUGGGACUGGAAAUUUGAAAUCCUCUGGCGAUCAUCAAGAAGGAAAUGAGUCAGUCAUCCAAGAUGGGCAUAAAGCUCACACUUUGUCUCAUGGCCACACUAAUGGCCAUGCUAUGUCAUCAAUAUACCGAUCGUCAUCUAAUGAUUGCAAGCAGGGCAAAUUCUUUGGUCAGCAGAGAGAAGUUAUUCAAGGAAAUGGGGCAGCUCGUGGAGCCCCACUACACUAAAAGGAAAUCCGUCUAGAUGGUGUGGCUCCUCCAGCAUUGCUUUGCAGGAAAUGCUGGAGGUAUUUAGCCUUUUCCAUCAUGAAGUGCUGGAAUCCCACUCCCAGAGUGGUGUUUCUCAGGCAAUUCAUUCUUGGCUUUGGUCACUUCUUGUCUCUCUCAGGGUUGUUAGGAGGUGGAGAGUCACAGACGUAGUCUUUCAACUUCUCCUCUAUUUCAUCCCUUUUGUAUAAAAGACUGUUAUAUCAUGUAUCUUCCAAGAUGGAAUAAUCUGUGAAUGUGAAAGUUCUAAACAACCUUAGUUUGAACAUGCAAGAAAGUUUGGAGACUUUUUGUUCGACUAUUUGACUGUGAUUAGGAUUUAAUAAUGUAAAUGGUAUGGU